AUGUCAGAAGAUCAAAAAAGUGAAAAUUCGGUACCUUCUAAGGUUAAUAUGGUGAAUCGCACCGAUAUACUGAUUACCAUCAAGUCAUUGUCAUGGCUUGACUUGAUGUUGCCAUUUACUAUAAUUCUCUCCAUAAUCAUUGCAGUAAUAAUUUCCGUCUAUGUGCCUUCUUCCCGUCACACUUUUGACGCUGAAGGUCAUCCCAAUCUGAUGGGAGUGUCCAUUCCUUUGACUGUUGGUAUGAUUGUAAUGAUGAUUCCCCCAAUCUGUAAAGUUUCCUGGGAGUCUAUUCACAAGUACUUCUACAAGAGCUAUGUAAGGAAGCAACUAGCCCUCUCGUUAUUUUUGAAUUGGGUCGUCGGUCCUUUGUUGAUGACAGCAUUGGCGUGGAUGGCGCUAUUCGAUUAUAAGGAAUACCGUCAAGGCAUUAUUAUGAUCGGAGUAGCUAGAUGCAUUGCCAUGGUGCUGAUUUGGAAUCAGAUUGCUGGAGGAGACAAUGAUCUCUGCGUCGUGCUUGUUAUUACGAACUCGCUUUUACAGAUGGUAUUAUAUGCACCAUUGCAGAUAUUUUACUGUUAUGUUAUUUCUCAUGACCACCUGAAUACUUCAAAUAGGGUAUUAUUCGAAGAGGUUGCAAAGUCCGUCGGAGUUUUUCUCGGCAUACCACUGGGAAUUGGCAUUACCAUACGCUUGGCAAGUCUUACCAUAGUUGGUAAAAGUAAUUAUGAAAAGUACAUUUUGAGAUUUAUUUCUCCAUGGGCAACGAUCGGAUUUCAUUACACUUUAUUUGUUAUUUUUAUUAGUAGAGGUUAUCAAUUUAUCCACGAAAUUGGUUCUGCAAUAUUGUGUUUUGUCCCAUUGGUGCUUUACUUCUUUAUUGCAUGGUUUUCGACCUUCGCAUUAAUGAGGUACUUAUCAAUAUCUAGGAGUGAUACACAAAGAGAAUGUAGUUGUGACCAAGAACUACUUUUAAAGAGGGUCUGGGGAAGAAAGUCUUGUGAAGCUAGCUUUUCUAUUACGAUGACGCAAUGCUUCACUAUGGCUUCAAAUAAUUUUGAACUAUCCCUGGCAAUUGCUAUUUCCUUAUAUGGUAACAAUAGCAAGCAAGCAAUAGCUGCAACAUUUGGGCCGUUGCUAGAAGUUCCAAUUUUAUUAAUUUUGGCAAUAGUCGCGAGGAUCCUCAAACCAUAUUAUAUAUGGAACAAUAGAAAUUAA